GAGGUACACCUCAGGUCAUUUUAGGUUAUUUGAAACAUUAAUAACUGAAGAGUAGAGAAAUGAUGAAAUCCUGAAAUAAAGUCAAGUUUAUUUGUAUUUCAGCAACAAGCCAGUUCAAAGUACUUUACGUCAUAAAAACUUUAUACAGUAACCAAUUAUGAAAUAAGCAAAAACAUUACAUUUUGUCACAUACUGUCAACAACAUCAAGAACCAAAUAUACAACUGACGUAUUGAUUAACAUUCCUGUUGAUGGGAAUCAAAUCAACUCUGAACAGGUGGGUUUUUAUCCUCAGUAUUUCAGUUGUUUCCCAGUUUUCUAGCACUUUGUUCCCUAUUCGUGGUGAGUAAUAAACACAUGAUCUGCAAGAUUGCAUGCAGAUGUGAUGUGAAGCAAAAUGAGGGCAGCACAGAAACCAAACGCAACAAUUAGCAAAACAUCAUUUAAAAAAGUUAAAGAAACCAGGAAGCAUUACGACAAUCUGAGCGUGACCCGAGGAUAGUUACGUUCUGGUUUGAGUCCAUGCUGACAAACACAGGGUAACAUGCUGGGUUAACCUUUGACACCUCUCCCUUCCAUCUUCCACUUCCCCUCAUGCGACCUCCUUUCCCCUCCGCCCCACCCGUGACGUACCAACGCCGAUUUCCUAAAGAGGAUAUUAAAAAAAAGAAGAAAAGGUGGGCACCAGAGGUCAAAUCCGAGUCCAGAUCAAACUGCCUCCACUUUCCUAAAGCUCAGCCAUUUUAAUAGUGCAGAUUUAUUGUGCUGUGCUUUUUGGAGGAUGAUCAUAUAUAUGUGGUCAGUGGAGCCGAUGCAGCCUGUGACCCAGCCUCCCUCUCACGUUACACCCUAUUUAUAACAUCCCCUUCCUUGACUCCCCUCGUUCUGCAGCUCCUAGGAACCUCCUGUGCUUCCAGCCUCGAGCUCCAGUCCUCUGUUCCUCCUGACAUCUGAGAAGCUCUGCUGCAGCUUGUCCUGGGCUCUCUGUUUAUCCUGCACAGCCUGCCAACCAGCCGCAUGCUCUGGAUUACCACAGGACGCCCAUUUCUCAGCCCCUUUUGCUUUCUGACUAUUUCAUUUCUCAUUUUUUUUCUUUUUUGUUUGAGCUUAAAGGAAAAGUUUUGGGAAAGUAACCUGGAUAUGUGCUUGUGAUUGUUCCUUUUUUUUUGGUUGGUUUUCUUGACUUCACUCAUCCCAGCCUCAGUGGAGGGCCGUGUGUGCGUUUGGGCUCCAUGGAUCACACGCUGUUCGGCUGCCUGCGCAGCCCCCACGCCCCGGCGCAGGCCCUGCAUCCCGCCUUCACCCAGUCCCCCCUGACCCUCCACGGACGCUCGGAUCACAUCUCCUACCCCGACCUGGCCUCUUCCUCAUCCUCCUCUUCCACGUCCUCGCCGUCCCCGUGCGUCAUCUCCAGCUACUCGGGCGACGAUGGCCUGUUUCCCGGCCAGCACCACCACCACCGGAGCCACCUGUCCUCCCAGCAGCAUCACCACCAGCCUCAGCACCACGGAUCCUGGCACAUCCCACAAAUGCCGUCACCUGGCGGCGCCACCGCCUCACGCCACGGCCUUUGCCACCCGCAUUCCCUGUCGUCCCACGAGAACGGGCCCACACCGCCGGACCUGGGCCACCCCGGGCCGCCCAGCAUGUGCGCCAGCACCCCGACUCUAGGCAGCGGCAGCACCCCAACAGGGGCUUCCUGUGUGCCUGCAGACUUCGGCAGGCAGACUAUGUCACCCGCUGAAGCGGAGAAGAGGAACGGCAAGAGGAAAAGCGACAGCUCAGAGUCCCAGGAUGGGAACUACAAGCCAGACGUGAGCAGCAAGCCCAGGAAGGAGAGGACAGCGUUCACCAAGGAGCAAAUCCGCGAGCUGGAGGCCGAGUUUGCCCACCACAACUACCUGACCCGGCUAAGGCGCUACGAGAUCGCCGUGAACCUCGACCUCACCGAAAGACAAGUGAAGGUGUGGUUCCAGAACCGAAGGAUGAAGUGGAAAAGAGUGAAAGGCGGCCAGCAGGGGGCGGCAGCUCGCGAGAAGGAACUGGUGAAUGUGAAAAAAGGAACGCUUCUGCCAUCGGAGUUCUCCGGCAUUGCGGCGCUGCAUCACUCCACGGACUCCUUAGCCAACGAGGACAGUCAUGACAGCGAUCAGAGCUCCGAGCAUGCUCACUUAUGAUGGACGCCAACCCUUAUCCGCCUUGGGAGCUUCCUUAGAGGGAACUGCUGUUGGAUGGUCCGCCGUGUCACACAACGACGCUAAACGAGUGUACAAACGCAGAGGAGUGAAAAAAUAGCUGCAGGCAUCAUGUAAAUUUGAAGAACCGAGGACAAUCGAUGAAAGUUUUAUUAAUAAAUGACAAAAAAAGAACAAAAUACAGUGCUUUGAAUAAGUGUUUGAACCUUUGCCGAUUUCUUUUUUUAUCUUUUUGUCACACAAAUCAGAUUUUUCUCAAUAUGAAACAUAACCUCAGUAAAUAAUAAACUAUAUACAGAUAUAUUUUACAUUUAUGAUUUAUUUUAUUUAGGGAAGAAUGCUCUACAAGCCAGCUUUGAGCAUUUGCACCCACAUCCAUCAUUGUGGAGAAAUUUUUUCUCCCUCUUUGUUAGAGAAACAUUUAUUGUCUUCAAGUCUAACCAGCCAUCACAGCAUUCAGAAAAGUCCAGAAUUUGACUAGGCCACUCCAUAAUCUUUGCCUUGUUUUUUUAGACAUUCAGAUGUGGAUUUGAUUAUAUAUUUCAGAUCAUAAAAGCCCCAGAUAAUCACAUAACCACCAUGUUUGAAAGAGGGUUUUAACUCGUUACCAAUAGAUAAAUGUCAGCGAUUUUCCCCUUUAUCCUUGAAUUUCUUAUGACUUUUGGCUAACUUCAUGGUCUAUUUAAGUAAUUUCCAAAGUUGUUGACGUAUUACUGAGGAUGACUUUGACUUAUUUUUCCAGGUUAAUACAUAAAUUCAUACAUUUUCUACUCCCUUUGAUAUAAACACUCGUGUGAUUUGAAACCUUUAGGUGUGACAAAAAAAAAAGAAGAAAUCUCUACAGAGACAAAUACUGUUUCACUUCACUGCAUCUUGAUGAUGGAAAUUGACUAAAACAAGUAAAUAAUAAGCUGUUAACAUUCCAUGUUUUGUUUCUUUGCAGGCGCAGCCUGAAGCUUUAAUUUGCACUGUUGAACCUAAAGUCUGCGCCUCGAUUGGUUUCUACUGUUUAAAAUGUAAAUUACGCUGUAAUUAAGUGUUUGACUCAACCAGGUGCCAGGAAAUCUGAUCUGCCUCGCAAACAUGAGCGAUCUGUAAAUAACUGUUAGUCUUGUCUUACCGUAACAAUAAGCCUAUACCCAGACUGUUCAGCUCAUGCAGUAAUACACACUGACAGCUCGUUAGCUGGCGUUUUUCUGCCUGGAGAUGACUCUUUUUUUUUUGCAAAUGAUUUGAAGCCUGAAGCAGGGGACAGUUGCAAAUUGAAUAAAACUUUUAGAGUGGUUAAUAAAGUUUCUUGAAAAAAGUUUUCACCCCCUCCCCCUCUCUCUCCACCAUUUCUGCAGCUUUUCGUCCUUCAUCCCGACUGAUGAAUGCAUAUUCCACCAAGUGAGGCUAAAAUAAAUUAAACACUGCAGAGAGUGCAGAAAGCUGGCGAUGUGGGCGCAUGUUAAAUUCACCUUCGCCUGAGGGCCGGUGCCGGGGACUCCUGCCAAGACUCGGCAGAACCCACAAAGGAUGGGAUCCGGUUACCAAAUCCAGUUGAAAACAAUUUAGUGUCUUGAUCUCAUCUUUCACCACGUUGUGAUUGUGCAUGCUAAUUUGUCUUAGAGGGUCCUCACACGGUAUUUGAGGUUUAUAAUUUUUUUUCCUUGCAGCCCCUGCAGGCAUAACCCGCUGAUCCUGAAUCGGAUCCAGCUUUCUUUCUUUCUUUUUUUGCUUUACCACUGCAGAUUAUUCACAAGUGUCGAGGGCUCCCCUGUUUUUCCAUUCGGCUUUAAAUUUGAACAAACAGUAUUUGUAACCGCACACAAAUGUGCUCUUGUUAGUUCUACUGCGGCCCCCAACUGCUGACUGUCAGCUGCCGUCUUUACACAAAAUGUAAGUAUGUCUGUCCAGAGAGGAAUUGGUGUGCACCUUUAAACGCAUUUAACGGGCUAGCCGUCCUGCUUUAACCUCAUGAAGGACAAAAACAUUAAAACUGGAUGAAUUAUUACACAUUUUAUUGGCUGGUUGGGAUUUGAGAAUGUAUUUGUUGAUUGAUUUAAUUUUUGCACUACCUUUUGGUUUAAAAUAAAAUAAGACAGCACAGUGUAGGUGAGCAUAAUGAGAAUCGUAAUUAAAAAGGGCAGCAGAAAUAGAAAUAAUAUUAAUGUACUCCUUUUAAAAGUUACAAGAUUUGAACUUUUCCCAAAGCGCCUUGUAGUCGACGUCAUGUUGCGUCAUCAGCCACUCUACUGCGCAUGUCUUCUUCAAAACACAUGGUUCUAACUAGAACUAUUUACAAUUAGGCUAAUAAAAUUACUUAGAGGUUAUCAGAGGUUUUAUUUUAACUUCGCUGUAUUUUCAUUUUUUUUAAAGUUUAAUUUAUCACCUGUCUUGAUGGAUGCAGCUGCAUCUUCUUUUCAUUUAUAUAAUUAUGGACAAACUAAGAAAUUAUUUUAUUUUUUAUCACGCAGAGACAAACAGAUGUCACCUGACUGACAAAAUGCGGGAUUAACACGCAGCGAACGCAGGCCAGGUGUCAAGUUUACACGCAAACACUAAUUUUCCUCUAAGCUCCGCAACAAUGCGCACAAAUGCGUUCAAAUAGAGCUCAUCAUGAGUGGAUUCACAGCGCCAUGAAAACAUGAAGAAUUUUACAAUAAUUAAUUGUGUUAAAAAAGUAGCACGUUGUUGUAUAUUAGAAGUGCAUACAUUCAUAUUUCAGUGCACACCACUGCACUCUGGGACACGUUUGUGACAACUUUUAAUAUCAGUGAACAUUACAUUUUAAGUCUGGACAGGUUCUCUAUUGAAAACAGAUCUAGAUUUUGACUAGGCCAUUUUUAAAUAUGGCUUCGAUCUGAACCAUUCCAGUCCAGCUGUGUGUUUAGUGUUGCUGGUGGAAAGUGAACCAAGUAAAGAUUCAUCCAUUUUUGCCAGCUUUUCUCCCUCGCUGUAGAAAAAUGCAUGCCCACAGCAUAAGGCCGCCCCCGCCAUGUUUCACAUGAUGAUCCCUGUAGCCCCAAUUUUUAGCCAGAAAUGAUCCUUUGGAUGAUCUUUUUCCAUGCAACUAAAUGAUAAAAUGUUAAAUAAUAAAUUCUAAUUAACAAUAAAUGAAUAAUAAUUUUUCGUCUCCUUCACUGACAGACGUAAUAACAGCAUUUCUCAUUGUUUUCUGCUACAAUUUCUUUCCACUUUGGGCUGUGACUAAAAGAGAUUCGGUCUGUGGAAAUUAUUGUGAAAUUCAGCGUGAAUUACUUGUGACAAAAAUAUAUUUAACUUUUUGCUCUUUAACUCGCUUAAAAUCAAUAGCUUUGAUGAUGGUUCUGUUUUUUAUGCUGGUCUCGUUGAAGCAGCGGUUUGUUUAUGAAGAGAGGAAAGUCAUCUCAGAGCGUCAUGGAAAGAGGAAAAUUAUGCAGUUUUAACCCAUUUACUGUAUAUAGCUCAGUUCAAUCAGAAUUAAAUCCAAAUUUAACCUUACAUAAGUUUUUACAAAAUUCAAAGUGAAGAAUAAAUGAAAAACAUAGUGGAGAUUAUCAUGUUUACACCCAGAGUGAUUUACACAAAGGAAAGAUAGAAAGACAAUAACAAAGUAUAUAGUUAUUGCAUGAAAGAAGAAGAUAUGUAUAAACAAGAUUUUCAAAUGGUUAAUUCAUUUUUAAUCAGAAACAUAUUCAUUCCUGCUGUAAAUAACUCAUCAGUUUCUGCUCAUAUGAAGUUUUCAGGGAGCCUGGAAGUUAAAUGCUUUUUUGAACGUAAGGUUUGGAUUUGGUUCUGGUAUUGCUGAGUAAAUAAGUCUCUGAAACCCGGAGGGAGCUACAGACGUCAUAAGCAACUCAGGGAUGUUGGUAAAAUCCAUUCAGUGUCAGAAGACAGAAAUUCCAACUUGCCAGUCGGAGAAAUCAACUGGAAUGACCCGGGAAGUCGGUUUUCCCAGUAAGAACUGGAAGAUCUACUCCCCUCAUUUCAAUAUGGCUGCUCCUUGCAUCAACAAUUGUGAACUAUGAACUGUUUUAUAAGAUCUUGACCAAAUGAGUAUGUAAAACCAAUCAGAUCAGACUUCACUUGAUCGUUCUUGUGUAUUAUGUGUACUGCCCUUUUAUAUUCUUGUGGUUUUCUAUUGCUUGAAGUGGUGCAAUCCCCAUUUUCCAUUUUAUUUAUUUGUUUGUUUUGUUCAAUGUUGUUAUUGUUCACAACUAAAAAUCUGUAAAAGAAACUACACGAAAGGCAAGAUGGACAAAAUCACCUGGACUCUAUGCCUGACACCUCGUGUACGACUUUAAAGCUAUAAUUACCACAUGUGAUGGAAAUCUCUUUCUAAAUAAAAAAACAGUUACAAAAAAAAAGUACCGCCUUCAACUCUAAACUGAAUAAAUUGGAAAGUGUUGUUAAA